AUGCGGCUCUUGGACACCUCGACGCUCCAACUCAAAGAGUUCGUCGGGAAGGCGCCCCCGUAUGCCAUCUUGUCACAUACGUGGGGCGACGACGAGGUUCUCUUCCAGGAUUUCCGCGAAGACCCGACGACGAAAGCGGGAUGGGGCAAAGUCAAGGCCUCGUGUGACGUGGCUAGAGACCUGCACCACGAAUGGAUCUGGAUCGAUACCUGCUGCAUCGACAAAAGCAGUAGCGCUGAGCUUUCGGAGGCGAUCAAUUCUAUGUUUAAGUGGUACGAGAAGGCCGUCGUCUGCUUGGCGUACCUGUCCGACAUUCAGUUCUCAGAUCCGGAGACAGAUCCGGAGACAGAUCCGGAGACAGAUACGUUCGCUGAGGUACUCACCGGAAGCCGGUGGUUCACCCGCGGGUGGACUCUACAGGAGCUCCUGGCCCCGAGGCACCUCGACUUCUACUCGUCCGAAUGGAAGCUUCUUGGGUCUCGGUCCAAGUUCGCCGAUGCCGUUUCACGUAAGACCGGGAUAGAGAACAAAUUUCUAUGCGGCAGGGCCGGCGACCGCACGCGCUUGUCAAACGCGAGCGUGGCCGCCCGGAUGUGCUGGGCGUCCGGGCGAAGGACAACGCGCAUCGAGGACAUGGCGUACUGCCUUCUGGGACUCUUCGAUAUCAACAUGCCGCUCAUCUACGGAGAGGGAAAUAAGGCUUUCAAGAGGCUUCAGGAGAUCAUUAUCCGCGAAAUAGACGACCAGUCGAUUUUUGCUUGGGGACAAGGGAGCAAUGGUCAUCCUUCUGCGGACAUGAAUUUGUGGGGUUCUCCUCUUCUAGCCGGACAUCCUUCGUGGUUCAAGGACUCGGGAGACAUCGUUCCCUUCUCCCCGACAGAUCUUACAGCUCCGAUAAACGUCGAGGUCGACGGUAUCACUCUAUCUACACCUCUGUGGAUGCGCAAGCCGACACUCUCCAAUUCACAGUCCCUGCCACGUGGUACGAAGACCAACGGCGUCGACCGUUAUUCGAAUAUGUCGACGAGACCGCGACUUCUUCAACUGCAUCGCGAUAACGCUUCGCGAGAUCCAACAGCACCGUUCGUCAAACCGGAACAACCCUUCCUGUCACAGGGUCUCGCACAUGACUUACUCUGCGCCCAGAAGCACGUGGAACAGUGA